AUGGUAACAUCAAUAGUGUUCCCGCUGUGGCAGUACUGGGCACACUGGGCAGACCUGGAGUGGCACCUUCGGCGAGUGGCUCUGGGUCGCGUGGUCAUUUUGGCCGUGUCAGUGGACGGUCUUGUUGGUCUACGUCAUGCCACCCUCCUCCUUACCCGACUCGGCUCCCUCCUCGCCCCACACCUGCCCCCUCAAUCAUGUUGGGUGUGGGUGUUCGUCAAGGGCGGGCGCACCCUCACCGAGACUGCCCUGACCACUUCCCGUGGCACCCACCAAGUUCACCUUCUGCUCCCACUGAUAGACACACUCUUACCUGCCACUCACGCUCGUAUGUACCCCGGCAGGAAUGCUGCCCUGGAAGACGUGCGUUGGCGGUAUUGUUCCCGCCAUGGAGUGAUGGGAGGCCUGUGUGAUGAGCAUAGCCCUGACCCCUUGCCCCCGCCUCCCACGGCCAGGGUGGCCCAGCAGUCCGUCCUGGCCCGUGUGCCGGUGGUGGUGACGGCGGGCACUAGGCAGCCUUACCUCUACCACACCCUCACCACCAUCCUGACAGCCCCCGGCGUGGAGCCUCAGAACGUUUUGGUCGUGCUGGGGGACGAAUCGCAGUCUACAGUACAACUGCUGCUUUUGCUUCAAGUUGCCCAUGUUAUGCUACCGGCGGGCGGCGCCACCAACGAGCAACUUUUCCGUUUCUACAGAGAUGUAUUUCAACUUGUUGUCCAAAGAUUCCCCGACGCCCCAUAUGUCAUCAUUCUCGACGAAGAUGUAGAAGUUUCCCCUGACUUUUUUUCCUUCAUGAGUCAGACGUUACCUCUCCUUCAGACUGACCCCUCCUUGAGUUGUGUCACCGGGCACGCGGCGGAAGGCUUCCUAGGCCUGGCGCACGACAACACGCGGGCCUUCCGUGGAUCACUCCAGGUGGAGUGGGGCUACGGGGUCACUCUGGACUUUGUUAGGGAAGCGUUAUCGCUUUGGAAGACGACCGGCCAAAUUACACUUUUGUACGACUUCUGGUUGUAUAUUAACGUACAGAAGGAUCGUGAGUGCAUUUUCCCUGAAGUAAGCCGUACGCGGCACUUUGGUAUGGGGGUGAACACUGACUCGUACCUGAAGGAGAAGGGCCCUGUGCUGAUGCCACUGGUCCACCAAGCUCCGGUGGCGUUACAAAAUGUGCAUCGACUCAGGCUGGACAAGUGGCAGGAGGACCUUGCCCGCAAUAUUAGCAGGGCCACGACUCUGCAAGGCAGUCCCUGCCUCGACUCCUUCCUUCCUACCCCACCCUUUUCGCCUUCGUACGUAUUUUAUUAUAGAUUGACGAAGGCUGAGUGUUGUGAUGGCAUGCCAGAACCUUAUCAAUACAGCAACGCAGUGAGGUGUUUAGGUCUAUGGUGGCUAUCAGAGCAGGGCCACCAUCGCGGCGUCACUGUCGCUCGUUUUGCCAGCAAUGCCACCUUGUUCCUGGUGGGCUGCCCAUACUCUCCCUACUGUCGCUUGAGGCCCACUGGGCUUCUUCUAUGGGACAUCGAUGCACUCACAGAGGAGGAAUUUGAAUAUCUUAAAACUUACUCUCCUCGCGGCAGUACCAGCGUAACAAUAGCUAAUGAACAUGCUAACCCUGAUUCUAUAAAUGCGAUGUUGUCUGAAAUAUGAGCGUACGUUGGCCUGAAGGCAUAAUACGAGCCACACCAACUUCUUGUUUCAUUCAAGGUGUUUACCCUGAAGGUGACAUUCAUAUGUGAUAGCUUUCAUGAUAACGAUAUCUGCUAUGAGCAGAUAGGAUAUCGGUAGUAAUUUGCGACAGGCUGUUCAAGAUGUGAGGUUACGUUGUAUCUCAUUAAUCAGUUUGUUUUCCUUUCUACAUAUAGAUAUGAUCAGUUAAUUAAAGGCCAGUGUCUUCAUGAUAUAGUUUAGAAUCACUUUAGCUUGACAGGCGCGGAGGCAUGGUACCUAUGUCCAACGUCAACGGGGAGAUUAUUGACGAGAGGGUAGCCUACUUAUUUCGAGACACUGCUUAUUUCUGGACAAAAUAUGAUGCUUUUUAAUAUGGAAAUAGUUUUUUUUUUCGGAAGUCACUACAUGAUCAACUUUUCAAUGCAUGUUGUGCACCUGCUGCCGCCUCACUCCUUUUUAGAAGGCCUUGCUCACUCCCACCCAUUCGUUAUCACUGGCCCGUCUUCCAUAGGGGUCCA